GUUGGCUCGUCGCGAAUUCGCCCUGUGGCUAGUGGCCACGCCACCAACCAGGUCAGCCGUCAGCGACACUCGCUACCCAUCCCCAUCCUAGAUCCCCGCCGCAACACGCUGAACGAAAUGGCGGCGAGGCGCUUCCACCUCGACAUCGCCGCCCGGACGCUGGUCCGGGCCUCGCGCCCGCCGCCGGGCUUCCCCGCCGUCCUCGCCGUAUCCAAUCUCGACCUCGUCCUGGGCCACUUCCCCAUCUUCCUCGUCUCCGUCUACCCCGCCCCCGCCGCCGGCCUCGACGCGGUCCUCGCCGCCGUGCGCGGCGCCUUCCCGGCGUACCUCUCGCGCUUCUUCCCCUUCGCAGGGCGCGUCGUGCGGGACCCGGAGACCAAGGUCCCCGAGGUCCAGUGCAAUAACGCCGGCGCCGAGCUCGUCGUCGCCGACGCCGCGGUGCCGCUCGCGGCCGUUGACUUCUCGGAGGUCGACCGGUCGCUGGGGCUGAUCCAGAUACCCUUCGACGCGAGCCUCGCCAUGUCGCUGCAGCUGGUCCGGUUCGCCUGCGGGGGGUUCGCGCUGACGAUUGGCACGACCCACCUCCUCGCCGACGGCAGGGCGUUCACCGUGCUGCUGAGCGCGCUCGCCGAGAUGGUCCGCGACGGCGGCCUCUCCCGCGAGCCCCUGUUCGACCGCUCCCUCUUCAAGCCGCGGUCGCCGCCGUCGUACAGCACGUCGCUGGACGCCGAGUUCGCGCGGUUCACCCCGGAGACCAUGAUCAACCCCCUCCUGGCGGCGGCCAUGCGGCGGCGGCUGUACCGCGUCGAGGCGGCCGACCUCGCGGCGCUCCAGGCCGCGGCGUCCCCGCCGGGCGGCGGGCGCCGCGCCUCGCGGUUCGUGGCACUGUGCGCGCACGUGUGGAAGCUCCUCGCGCGCGCCGUCGGCGACGCCGACCCCAGCUGCCGGAUGGCGUGGAUCGUGGACGGGCGGAAGCUGGUCGAGCCGUCGGACGGCGCGCUGGACCGGUACAUCGGGAACGUGGUCACCUACACGUCCCGCGAGGCGGGCGUGGCGGAGCUGCUGCGCGCGCCGCUCCCCGACGUGGCGGCGGCGGUGCGCGCGGCCAUCUCGGGGGUGAUGGCCGCGGCGCGGUUCCAGGAGCUGGCGGACUGGAUGGAGGAGCGCAAGGCGGCGUUCCGGGACGGCGGCAAGUGGACGGAGGCCGUGAACCUGGGGUUCGGGAGCCCCGCGCUCGUCAUCUCCGGCCUGCUCCCGUUCCCCAUCGACGGGGACCUCGGGUUCGGCAAGCCCAGGCUCGUCGUGCCGUGGCUGCGGCACGGCCGGCUGGGCUCCGCGUCCGUGACGGUCGUACCCGACCCGAGCGGCGACGGGUCGUGGUUCGUCGGCGGCACGAGGGUGUGGCCGCGGCUCAUGGAGGUGAUCGAAUCCGACCCUUUGCUGAAGCCGGCAGCGAACCUGGGACUGGCGACGCCGGCGGGAUCCCGUCUGUGAGCUCGCACUGGGAGGAGCUUUGCUUUGUGCAUCGCACGUUGUGGCAAGGACUACGAAGGCGAGGAAGAUUCUCCGUGCUUGAAUUGGGAAUGGCGAGAACGUGGGGGAGCAGAGGAGGGACGUCCGUAGAGGAGAGUAGCUGCAAAUUCUUCGUCACUCUGUUCAGCUGAGAGGACAGAGUGCCAAAGGCAAAGGACACUGAGAGACAACCCUUUUGUUCCUCUUCUGCUGUGCUCUGUAACCGGACCGAUUCGGUGACAUGAUUAUGGCAUGUCAAGGUGUAACAUGCUCUCCAUCUGGAUUGUUGAAAGCAAAUCCAAAGGUUCUGGCCU